AUGUCGGCAUCAAAUGCUUUGGUUUUCAGCUUCAAAACUUUGUUUGUUCCCCGAUGUCUGUCUGUUGGUUCAGUGAACAGAACUUUAGCAGCAUAUCGGCGUCAGUAUCACACUUUGAAAACUGGGCCUGAACCUGGUGACAAAAUAGUGGAAAUAGCCGAAGUGAAAAGAUUUAUGGUAGAUGUUAUGACAGCUGUUGAAACAGAUAAAGCUCAUUCUGAGCAGUUGGCUGAUGUUUUGGCAGAAGCCGAUAUGCGAGGACACUACAGUCAUGGUUUAAAUCGACUUGAUAUGUAUAUGAGAGAUAUUAAAGAAAAAGCUUGUAAAAACAGCGGUAAACCAGAGGUACUUUGCGAACGUGCUGCUACCGCUUGGGUAAAUGGGAAUAACCUUCUGGGGCCUGUAGUAGGCAAUUUUUGUAUUGAUUUAGCUAUUCAAAAAGCCAAGCAGAGUGGCAUUGGAUGGGUGGUUGCUAAUCGUUCUAACCAUUUUGGUAUUGCCGCUUACUACAGCAUGAAAGCUGCUAGAGAAGGCUGCCUCGGUUUGGCUUUCACUAAUACUUCUCCAAUAAUGUACCCAACUAGAGCCAGUACACCAGCGUUAGGUACCAACCCUUUAACCCUUGCUGCUGAAGGUCUCAAUGGUGAUUCUUUUGUUCUUGAUAUGGCUACGACCACUGUUGCUAUUGGAAAGGUUGAGAUUGCAAAUCGGAAAGAAACGUCGGUACCUAACAGUUGGGGAGUUGCUGCUGGUGGUAAGGUUACAACAGAUACCUCUAAAAUAUUGCAUGGUGGUGGCUUGCUCCCACUUGGAGGUUCGGAAGAAUCUGGAGGAUACAAAGGUUAUGGUUUGGGAGCUUUAGUGGAAAUCUUUUGUGGUAUUUUAUCAGGAUCUCAUUGGGGGCCAAAUGUACGCAAGUGGCUUUCGACUUCAGCAGCUGCUGAUUUGGGCCAGUGUUUUGCUGCCAUUGAUCCGGAUGCAUUUGCUCCAGACUUCAGAAAAAGAAUGCAGCAGUUUAUAGAUACAAUGAGAGGCUUAAUGCCGGCUGGUGAAGAAAACGUACUUGUCGCCGGAGAUCCCGAACGAGAGCAUAUCAAGAUGGUUCACGAAAACGGUGGCAUUCCAUAUCAUCCUAACCAAAUCAAGUUUGCGGAUAACCUGUCGUCUAAACUUGGUAUCGAAACAAUGAAAGUUAAAAGGACAGUGUAA